AAAAAAAUCAACGUGAGAAGAAGGGCCGGCAAGAGAAAGAAACGGCGCCUUUUUUUUUUUUGGUUGUUUUUGUUUUUGGAUUUUUUUUUUUUUGCUAAAAUGACGACGUUAGUGUUGGAUAACGGAGCCUACAAUGCCAAAAUCGGUUACAGCCAUGAAAAUGUCUCGGUUGUUCCUAACUGCCAGUUCAGGUCAAAAACAGCACGUCUUAAAACGUUCACUGCUAACCAGAUAGAUGAAAUAAAAGACCCUUCUGGACUCUUUUACAUUCUUCCCUUUCAGAAGGGUUACUUGGUGAAUUGGGAUGUUCAAAGACAAGUUUGGGAUUACCUUUUUGGAAAAGAAAUGUAUCAGGUUGAUUUUUUAGAUACUAAUAUUAUUAUCACAGAACCAUAUUUUAACUUCACUUCAAUUCAAGAAUCCAUGAAUGAAAUCCUAUUUGAAGAAUACCAGUUCCAAGCAGUAUUAAGAGUAAAUGCUGGGGCUCUCAGUGCACAUAGGUAUUUCCGAGAUAAUCCUUCCGAAUUAUGCUGUAUCAUUGUGGAUAGUGGAUAUUCCUUUACACAUAUAGUCCCUUAUUGUAGAAGUAAAAAGAAAAAAGAAGCAAUUAUUAGGAUAAAUGUGGGAGGAAAACUCCUAACCAAUCAUCUAAAGGAGAUCAUAUCUUAUAGGCAGUUACAUGUUAUGGAUGAAACCCACGUGAUUAACCAAGUGAAAGAAGAUGUCUGCUAUGUGUCUCAGGACUUUUAUAGAGAUAUGGAUAUUGCCAAGUUGAAAGGAGAAGAAAAUACAGUAAUGAUAGACUAUGUUUUGCCUGACUUUAGUACAAUUAAAAAGGGCUUUUGUAAGCCAAGGGAAGAGAUGGUGUUAAGUGGAAAAUAUAAAUCUGGGGAACAAAUUCUUCGUCUGACCAAUGAAAGAUUUGCUGUUCCAGAAAUACUUUUUAAUCCUUCUGAUAUAGGCAUUCAAGAAAUGGGAAUUCCAGAAGCUAUUGUCUAUUCAAUUCAGAACUUACCUGAAGAAAUGCAGCCACAUUUUUUUAAGAACAUCGUUUUGACGGGAGGAAAUUCCCUCUUCCCAGGAUUUAGGGAUCGGGUUUACUCAGAGGUUCGAUGUCUCACUCCAACGGACUAUGAUGUUUCUGUUGUGCUGCCCGAAAACCCUAUUACUUACUCCUGGGAAGGUGGAAAAUUGAUAUCAGAGAAUGAUGAUUUUGAAGAUAUGGUGGUAACAAGAGAAGAUUAUGAAGAAAAUGGACAUAGCGUCUGUGAAGAGAAAUUUGAUAUUUAAAUAACAUUUCUGAAUGAAAGUUUUGACUGGUUGUAACAAAGGUUUAAUUUAAAUGUUCUUUUUAAAGGAGGUUAAGGGCCUGUGCUCCCUUUUAUCUUAAGAUAAAGACUUGAACUUAUGUAAAUACUUUGAUGCAUGGCUAAUUUUCAAAGGUUUCCAAGGUAGGUUAUUAAGUGAACUGUAACUUGGCCCAUAUUUUCAUUUCGGCUAGACUACUGUAACAAUGCUUACGUUGUUUCUGAGAGUAGGUUAUCUUACAUUAGAAGAUGAAAGAGUGAAUGCAUUUUAAGUUUCAGUCUUCAAAGCUGAAAGCAGAAACUUCACUGUCUCUCUGGUCAGUUUUCCUUUGGAGGUAAUUUUGUGUGCCUUUGACUAGGAAUUGGCCGGUGUUUUCAGUCUGAUAUGAUUUCUCUCUCUUUUAAAACCAAGUAUUUUACUUUAAAGUUGUCAUUUUUAUUUGCAUAUACUAAAGUUGGAAAGACCAAUCAUAUGUGGGUUUCAUGUUUAUUUUUUACUUAGAGUAAGUUUGAAAGGGUGGAGACUAAAGCCCAUUUACUGAAGUGUUUUUGGUUACUACUCUGUUGGCAGAAAUGUAUUAUUUCACUCAAUAAAAUACUCCACCAUUUUUGGGGAUGAAAUGAAAUUUGAAGUUAACUUGGGGUUGUUCAAAGACUUUGUACAAAUGCUAGUGUUUAGUUUUAAAAACUCUUAUGUAAUCUACAGUAUGUAAGUUGUUAAAGGUUAUAGCUUUUGAAUUUAGGGAAACGGCUUACAGUGACAUUAACAAAUGGGGCAGGUAGGCUCCUUUGAUUGCAAACAGUAAAAACUCCUUAGGGUUGUCCUAAGCAAAACAACAUUUAUCAGCAGGACAGAGAACAGCUCAUAAAAUCUAAGAAAAAGCUGGGCCACCCUGACCGUGUCGCUCUGUGGAUUGGGUGUUGUCCCGCAAACUGAAAGGUAGCCAGUUCAAUUCCCAGUCAGGGCAAAGGCCUGGGUUGCGGGCCAGGUCCCCAGUUCAGAGUGUUGUAGAGGCAACUGAUUGAUGUUUCUGUCUUAUAUCAAUGUUUCUCUCCCUCUCUUCCUCCCUCCCUUCAUCUCUGUCUAAAAAUAAAUAAAUAAAAUCCUUAAAAAAUAAAAGAAAAGGCUAGACCAAUAGCCUUAAGAAUGAAAACCAGAUAAACUUAGGCAUCUAGGUUAUAGAAACUAGGGGACAAUCCAUAUAGAGCCCUGCCAUCAAAAUAGCUCAGUUUCUGUAUUUUCUGUUUGGUCUUUUUUUUUUUUUAAAGAUUUUAUUUAUUUAUUUUAGAGAGGGAAGGGAGGAGAGAGAGAGAGAGAGAGAGAGAGAGAGAGAGAGAGAGAGAGAGAG